AAUGCAUCAACAUCAAUGCGGCUGCUCAGCGAGACGCCACGGCGCAGUGCGCGCAAAAGCGUUCGUCCUCCCAUGGACUAUGAGGACAUUAUCGAAAAUAAUUUAAUGCGUUCAGCACGCAAGGAUAACAACAAUAAAACAGUUAUCGAUGCUGAUGUCGAAACUGAGGCUGCUGCUGAGGAGGAGACCCACAAGUGGCAAGCUGCCGAAGUUGGUCGUGCUGCGCGCAAGCGCGGCCGCAAAGCAAAGCGAACGGCAAACAAAAAAAGCAAAAUUGCAGCAGGAGGAAGAACAGGCAACUGAAGCUGCUGAUGAAGAUAAUGCAGAGGAUAAGGAAAAGGAGGAAAUCGAGGUACCUACUGCUGAGUUGGUGCCAUCAGCUAAGAAGCAAUCCAGUGCAACAAAAGCUGCAUCUAAAGUUGCAGAUGCAACUUUGGAAAUAGAAGCUGAAGAGGCAGUCAAAGCUGCAACUGUUAUCGAAGAGAAGGAGGAAAUCGAGGAACCUACUGUUGAGCUGGUGCCAUCAGCUAAGAAGCAAUCCAAUGCGACAACAGCAGCAUCUAAAGAUGCAACUUUGGAAAUAGAAGCUGAAGUGGUAGUCAAAGCUGCAAAUGUUAUCGAAGUUGAGGAAGAAGAAACAGCUGCAAUUGUUCCUGAAGUUGAAUGGAAGAAAAAACCUGAAGCUGUCACCGAAGCUGUACUAGAGACUUUCCCCGAAGAUGAAGGAACAGAUGAAGUUGCAGGUGAAGAAAAAGCUUCAACUGCUCUCGAAGCAGCAGAAACUUUAACUGUUCAUACAGCUGAAGUAAUUGUAAUGCCUUCAACUGUUCAUGAAGUCUGCCUCGAUCAAUCCCUGGAAGUUCUGCCCGCUGGAGUUACUGCGGAGGUCAUGAAUGAUCUGGGUUUGUCUCCACUGAAAAAACAAGAUGAGGUCGUCAAGCGGGACGAUGAUGAUGUCGAGGAAAUGCCUUCGUUAAUUGUGCUCGACGAUGAAGAUCCUGCCGAGGAGCAAAACAGAACCUUCGAGAUCGAAGAAUCACCAGAAAAACAACCUGAUGAGUUGCCACACUCGCAGUUCUUGGAUAUUGAAAUGCCCACGUUACAAAUGUCGCCAGAGGUUGGCAUUAAAGUGGUUUUGACCGAUGAGAAUGAUGAGAACACAACGAUCUUGAAGCCGAUGGGUACACCGAAGAGCAGCAAGUCGAAGGCAUACAAGUUUCCCACACCAUUCAAGUCCACAUCAAAGAUGAAUCUUAAUUUCACCGAUGUGAAGAGCACCAUCAAGAAAAAGAUCUUGAAUGCAGACGCUUCUCGCAGCAGCAGACGUUCCAAGUCUGUCUGUGAUCUAACACAUGAGCAGACAAAAACUGUCUCCUUUUACAGUCCCAUCGAAGUGUCCACAGUCAGCGACAUUGACAAGCGCUGGGAGGAAGCCAAUUUCAGUCAUGUCACACGGCGCCGCAAACGCUCUAAGUCUGUGGACGCUCCUAUUAACAACAGUAAGAUUCCCCUGCCAAAGUUCUAUGGCGUAACCAAGGCACCAUCGCCGAUGCCUGUUAAAUUGAAAGCGCGCACUAAAUUGCCCAAUUUUGCGGCCAUACAUCAGAAGCACUUUAGCAAAAUGGAGUCUCUGGUGGAUCACAUUGAGCGCAAGGCGGUGCGUGCCAAGGAGCUGACAUCCUCGGCCAAGAAGCUAAUACCAGGCAACUCUUCAGCCAAGAAGUUGCCAACAAAUAGCAGCAAAUUGACCUCAGAAGAAGCACGUCCAAAAGCUAUAAAGAAUAUCGGCACGUUGAUGACGCCAAUGAAGCCUGAGGAAGCGGAGAGGAAAAGGAAGCUGCCCACGCCACGCAAUAUUAUGGUUGUACAGCCACAACAAGUGGUGACAUCAUCUCGCUUGCCUUUGUUGACCAAACCGGCGGCCACAAAGCCCAAGAUCAUCACAAAAGCAGCUACUAGCGUUGUUCCAAGCAGCGCUGCUAAAAAGCCUGCAAUGGCUGCUUCAGCAAUUGUGAAAAAUAAAUUGGAAGAACGUCGCAAGCGGCAUAUGGAAAUGUUCAAGGGUCGCACAACCAAGGAGAACCGAAGCGAUCUAAUCCGUGGCGUUCGUUCGAAUCGUCGCUUUGAGCUCCAAAUGGAGCAUCGUCGACAGAUGAACGAAAACAAAUCUUAAAACUCUUUAUUCAUAUUGUUGUCAUAUUUAAACUAAUUGUGUACGUUUUAUAACAUUUCUAAUUUUGGGUGGUCUGUUAAAGAGUUAUCUACCACCUUUGCUAAGACAAAAAGGCAAUUAUUAUCAUACUUAACUUUAAAUAAAUACAUUUUCAUUUUACCAACAA